CUGCAGGGACUUAGCAGCAGGUGCGGCGUGCUGCGACGAUUCAAGAUCAAGGUGUGGCUGACGCUCCUAUUCGUACUCAUGGUGGUCACCGUCUGCAUUGUCAUCCACUUCUACAAGCAAGACAUGGUGGAAGUGGACAUCGGGAACGCCCUCCGCUUCUACAUCGACAGUCGACGGCUGCACGUCGACAGGGGCGACGCGACGGACGUGCUCACGGCACGACUCGGCGAUUCCAUCCCGCGCAACCUGCUCCCGUUCAACUGCCUCGGCGCGGGGGAGGACCCUCGGACGCGGCUCGCGCUGGGCGCGUCGCUGCGGGACUGCGUCUCGCUCGCGCCGGCGCACUGGUACGGCGGCGGCCUCGUGGCGGGGCAGCCGUGGCCGCUCGAGCGGUGGUCGCGCCCGCCCCGGCCGUACGUCGGCGGCGAUGCGCGCCGCGGCGAGUACGGCGGCGUGCUCGAACGCUACUGGCUGUCGUCGCGCGGCGCGUACGUGCGCGCCGGCGACGACGCCCCGCUCGUCGUCAGCGUUAACGACGGCGGCGACGGCGAUCUCUGCCUCGCGGCGCCCUCUCCUGGCGCGUGCGGCGUGGCGGGGGAGGCGACGACGCUGACUUACUCCGUGUGCGUGGCGGGCGACGCGAGGCUCGCGCACGAGCACUACCUCUCGCGCGCGCCGCGGCCCGCGUGCGUCCCACGCGACGCCGUCUCCCGCGUCGUCUGGACGACGGACUCGGGCCUCGACGGCGAGGCGGACGGCGAGGCGGCGACUCGUCUCGCCGAGGGCGUCUCGCGGCGCGGCGGCGGCGGCGGGGUCGUCGUCGUCGCCGGCUGGGAGGCGCGACCCGGCGACCUCGCGUUUGACGCGCGUCGCUUCCCCGACCCGCGCGCCGUCGUCGCCGCCAUCGCCGCGCGGAACCUCUCCGUCGCGCU